CAGGUGUGAGUUUGCGCACUCAGUCCCUCGUUUGAGGGGGAAGACCGGCGCCUGUUUACCACCGGUCUAUCGGUCUUUACUGUCGGUUAUCAGAAAUAAAAUUGAUGUUGCAAGAUUUGUGUAAGCAAGUGACCAGUAUACCGUUUAAUCUCUAUCAGGUAUUCGUAGGAUGACGUCAUAACCUUGAAGUGACGUCAAUGGUGAUUGCUUGAGUUUCGAAUAGCCAGCAAGCGUGCGGAGUCGGACGAGCUUAAGAUGGCGCAGAGAGCGGAGGAAGAGGGGGAGAGCUCUGGGGUGCCAUGCAGGAGAAGUGGAGCACGGCUAGGAGUAGCACGGGAGCGAGAGGAGCAUGUGAAGGCUGUGCAGGAGGCCUUGUUGCGGAACGUGGGGAGUUACGAGCCGGUGCUGAGCUACCUUCAGGCAGUGUUGGUUUGGGAAAGACCCCGGCACAGCGCGCUGCUGCACCUGGGGGUGAAUGCGGUCUUCUGGUUCUUUGCUCUAACCUCUCUCAGAAUAAUAUUUUUGGUGGCAUUUGGGCUAAUGAUCAUAAUUUGUGUUGACCAGUGGAAAAAUAAGAUCUGGCCGGAACUUGGAGCUUCAAGACCCAGUGAAUUGGACAAUGAGAGUUGGGGAUUUGUACAUCCAAGGCUACUAAGUGCUCCAGAAUUAUGUUAUCAUGGGGCUGACGUAUGGGUCACCUGGACCACCUUCCUAAGAAACCUAAAAAUUUUCAAGGCAGAGAACCCAGGCAAGUUCUGUCUGUUAGCCUGUGGCUUUCUAACUUUCUUGGCUGUACUUGGUGGAUACAUUCCUGGUCUUGUACUUUCGUACCUGAUGCUACUUUUUCUGCUGCUCUGGCCCUUAGCCAUAUAUCACCGCUUGGGGCAGCGUGCUUACCAGAAGCUAGAACCAGCCCUGCAGCGGCUGGACUUUAGUGUCCGUGGUUACAUGAUGUCGAAGCAAAAAGAGAGGGAGAUACAUGGUCGCACCCUUCUUCCUGAUCAGGGAAGUGAUAGUGAAGAAGAGCUGGCGGCAUUCUGCCCAACGCUGGAUGAUUCAGCUGUUGACAAAGAAUUGACUAUUUCCGACUCAGAGCAUUCAGAAGCUGAUGCUUCCUACACAGAAAAUGGGACAUUUAAUUUAUCCAGGGGCCAAACUCCACUAACAGAAGGUUCGGAGGAUCUGGACCGCCACAGUGACCCAGAAGAGUCUUUUGCACGUGACCUUCCAGACUUUCCCUCUAUCAACCCAGAACUAAUAGGAAUUGAUGAUGAAGAUGACACCAGCAUUGGGCUUCCAAGUGCAGCCCACCUUCCUCAUGGGUCAUCAAACCAGCUUUAUGAUGAGCAGGAGGUGUCUGAAAUUGAGAUGUCGUUAGGAGGUUUUCCAGGUGCUCAGCAGAUCACAGAUAACAUUGCUGGUUUGGUCACAAGGGGUAUGAUACAGCUGGCUUUGGCAGGAGCCACUCAGCAAGGUGCAGGGUAUGCUGAAGUCCCAAGAGCCAAAACAUAUCAGAGAAACUCCAGCUCGGAAAUAGACACAGAUACAGAAGCUGAUGGCUUUGAGAUGCUGGACCAAUCCGAGCUGAACCAAAUGGAUCCAACCAGUCCACGUGGUCACCAGUAAGGUCAUCAUGUGAUACAUUGAGGAUGCACCAGUGCCUCCUGACUACACAGUGAAUUGUGAUAUCUUUUUUUAGAGAUCUCAUUGUAGACUUGUAUAUUGAACUGUGUCUUUUUUUCAGUGUGCUCCCAUGCGUGUGAGAUCCAUUUAACACAGGUCAUCCCUGGCUGCCAUUUUAUCACUGUGAAGUCUGAACCAGUAGAUAAGUGAAGCUAGAAUGAAAUAGAAAAACGCUAAUCUGAAAUAGAAAGAAUCAGUAUUUUAAAAUGUAAUCCCUACUGGAAAUGGACUCUGUGCAAUAUGGAGCUCUUUGUCUCCACUUUUCCACUCAAAAAUCACGGUGGCUUUACUAAAAUCUAGAGCCUAUGUGCCCGCAUUUCUUUAAUUCGUUUUUGAAAAACAACAUAAAAUGGCCAUACACAACAUUAGUAUGGUGUAAAACCGAACUCUUUGGUGCCUGAUAUUCUUUGUAGUGUUUGAAUCUUUGACUUUAUAGCUUGACAUUCAGUUCCAAGCUGAGACUUUUAGGUCUUUGUCAAUAGAUAAUCAAAGUGAGAUGUUUGUCUUCACAGGAAUUAUUAUAAUAGAAGAAAACUUAGGAUAGAGCUGUGGUAAUGCGCUUAAUGAUUAUGGCUUGGAUUUUCUAAUUGGGGAUGAGGGGACAUAUGUGUUGUAAUGUACAGUGGAAUAUUUUGUUUUUUAUUUAGGGGACUGAAACCCCUCUAUCCCUAUAACAAACAAAUGCACUUUUAAUUUGAAUACAUUUUUGAGUUUCACAUCAAA